AGCUUUGAGAUGACAUCAGUGGUGUUGGUCUUUUUGGCACUGCUCACUUGGAAGGUGUCAACUGGCUGCUGUUAUCAGCUCUGUCAUGUCCAUUGUGAGGGCUCAAACAUGUCGCCUCAAGUUCUCCAGAAAACUAAGCUAACCUGUGACAGUUCUGUCCCGCAUAGGAUCUUCUCAGGGAGCAAUGCCAUUUUGAAUGACACACACUUUGAUGGGCCUCCGAUGCACAAAGAUCAAGUGGAAAUGCCUGCAAGGAAGCAAAAAGGUUUGCGAUUAUUGUGUUUCCAGUGGUGUCAGGUCAAAUAUCGCCUCUUGAGGAUGCAGAUAUAUGGUGAACAUCGCCACGCACAUCAGAUUCGCAGCAACUUUGACGUCUCCCACAUCACUGCUCUUGCUCGAUCGGACUUCCAAUAUGUGGACGCCAACCCGGAUCUCAUAAUCGAGCAAAUAUUGUGGAAUGGAACUCACAUGUCGUCAGUUUUAUACUGCAGCCUGGGGACAGAGGGAUUCCGAUGUUGUCGGUGGCAGCAGAGAGGAGGAAUCUGCUGUGAGCAGAUCCCGACCCUGACAACGCGCUCUCCAAAAGGUUCCUUUCCCACAAGAGCAGACACCACCAAAUUCAGCCCAGCCAGGGAGGAAGGUUGGCUGCCCGCCCACAGCAGCAGAUGGGUCGGGAGAGUGUUUCUGGCCGCCGUCUUGCUGGCGUGGGUUCGCAUGACCAGGAUGAAAAUGUCAGCGAUCAGAGUUGGCGGCACCACCAUUGUGACGGUUUUUUCUUUCAAUCUGUGCUGGAUUCUGCCACCAGUCACCAUGUGCCCAUGGUUGAUAACCUUGGCCGCCUGCCUCAAGUAUUUUCUGGGCACAAGUUCACUUCUCGUCAUCUCCCGGAAGGCUGUUCUUUGUGCCAUUAAGUGGUUCAGAUCCACUUGGCAGCAAUGUCGAGAGCUCCCGGUCACUGUGCUCAUUCUCUGCUUAAUGCUCUGCCUUCAUUUUCCAGCCAAAAAUGAGAAGCACUGGUUUGAUGAUGUGUUUCCUGGGUUGACGAUGCCCGUGUUGGACCACUUGAAAUUUGCGUCUCACUUGUAUCGUUUGUUUACGCCACUUUCCACAUGGCUACUGUGCAUUUGGACUCAGCCGACUCCCAUAAGCAUUCUCUUGCACGCUCAGCUGGUAGCCUGUGUGCACAGCUCAAGGGUGCCGACAAAGUAUGUGCUGGUCAUUAAGAUAAAUCAAAUUAUAUGACUGUCAGCAGAUGCAACGUCACAAAACAAUUUCACCCUGAAGACGUGGAUAUUUAACACCAUUCGGUCCUCUCUGUUUG